AUGUCUGCUUUACGCAUCCCAUCCAUCUUACACUACCUCGAUCACAGCAAUAAAUUGGUGAAGAAAGUUGUUCGGAUCGAACACAAUGGCUCGACCCCACUCCUCUUUGUCGGAAGUAAGAUAGUGCUCGACCUCCAAAGCUCAGUCAUGUUAGUCUCCUUCGAAUCGAUCUUCCUCAGCCAUGAUCAAAUGCGACUUGCGUUUAAAAUAGUCUACGACAAAGAGUAUAUAUUCGUCGCAAUGAACAAAGUGGAAGCUGCUUUUUGGUACAAAGCCAUAGCUCCACUGACUCACCCAUAUGGUGUUUUUGGGUAUCCUUUAGAGAUCGCGGUGAAAAAGUCUGGGUGGCGGGUCCCCCUUGUUGUGUAUCGUGCCGUUGAAUUUCUAAGAACGACAAAAGGCUAUGAGCAGGAAGGGAUCUUUCGAAUGAAUGGGAGUGUAGCGGAACUCAAAGUGUUACGCGAAAUGGCGGAUCAAGACAAGGACUUUAUAAUCAACCCGAAGCAAGACUCUAUUAUGAUUGGACACUUCCUUAAGUAUUACUUGAACCAAAUGGUCGAACCUGUGAUCCCAUAUGAAAAAGCAACACAAUUCUCACAGCUGACUUCGAAUGAAAACCCUAAAGCAUUUAUUAUGAGUCUUUCCACAGAAACACAAGACACUUUGUGCUAUUUACUCAAGUUUUUAAGAGAAGUUGCGCAAUGCUCACAGAAGAAUAAGAUGACAUUCCAGAACCUUUCACUGUGUUUUGCACUUGCUAUAUGUCGAGAGGAAACAAAUGACAAAAAUGAACAAAUGUUAUUCCCUUCCCAUGUCAUCAACUCCCUCUCGUUACUUCUCAAUAGUUUUAAUACCGUGUUCGAUGAGAUCAUAGAGAGAAAUGAACGAUUUGGAAAUGAACCGCCAAAGUAUCCCGCAUUCCAACCAAUGGCACUCUUCCCCCUCAAUAUGGUGUUGUCCACAAAUAGAACACCUAUCACGAAACAAAGACUGUCGACUAUGGUCCGACCCCCUCACGAUCCGCGUAAAGACAAACUCCGUCCACAGAGCACAUUUUCGAAAUUUGUGAAACGGAUUUCGAUGUCAUUCACAGACUACCACAGUAAGAGCCUUGCGGGCUCCCCUGAAACAAAGUAG